GACGUUCCGCUGCGCCCCGCGCAACCGGAAGUGGUCGGACCCUAGGCGGAAGGACCUGGCGGAGCGGAAGUCACUCCGUGAGGCAGUGGUGACGGCGGCGGCGAGAGGAUGAACAACAAGUUCGACGCAUUGAAAGAUGACGACAGUGGGGACCACGAUCAGAAUGAAGAAAACAGCACACAGAAAGAUGGUGAGAAGGAAAAAACGGAACGAGACAGGAGUCAGAGCAGCAGCAAGAGGAAGGCUGUUGUCCCUGGGCCAGCAGAGCACCCCCUGCAGUAUAACUACACUUUCUGGUACUCCAGGAGAACCCCUGGCCGUCCCACCAGCUCACAGAGCUACGAACAGAAUAUCAAACAGAUUGGCACCUUUGCCUCUGUGGAGCAGUUCUGGAGGUUUUACAGCCACAUGGUACGUCCCGGGGACCUGACAGGCCACAGUGACUUCCAUCUCUUCAAAGAAGGAAUUAAACCCAUGUGGGAGGAUGAUGCAAAUAAAAAUGGUGGCAAGUGGAUUAUUCGGCUGCGGAAGGGCUUGGCAUCCCGUUGCUGGGAGAAUCUCAUCCUGGCCAUGUUGGGGGAACAGUUCAUGGUUGGGGAGGAGAUCUGUGGGGCUGUGGUCUCUGUCCGGUUUCAGGAGGACAUUAUUUCAAUAUGGAAUAAGACUGCCAGCGACCAAGCCACCACAGCCCGCAUCCGGGAUACGCUUCGGCGAGUGCUUAACCUACCUCCCAACACCAUUAUGGAGUACAAAACCCACACCGACAGCAUCAAAAUGCCAGGCAGGCUGGGCCCCCAAAGGCUCCUUUUUCAAAACCUCUGGAAGCCGCGGUUGAAUGUGCCGUGACCCUCUCCCUCUCUGGAUGGCACCGUCACUGAAGCUGGCAUCGUCGGAGUCUCUUGCUCUGUUGGCGCGCUACCUGGAAGACCCUUCUGUCCCGGACAAGAGGAACCGGAAGAGCAUUUUAUGUUUUAAGAACAGGCUGACACGCAGCAGCUACAACAACAGCUGAGAUCACUUAAUAAAUGGUGCUAAACUAGCUUGUCUCAUGCUCUUGCUCUUUAUGGUGCAUCAAAGAAGUGGCCUUUCAGACUGACUGUCACCAUAUUAAGGAAUGGCACAGACUUCUCCGCGGAGGGCCAUCCGGGGAACGCAGCCUCAUUUCCAUAAGCCCAUUGUAUAACGUCACAUGGUAUUUUGUUCCAGUUCUGCUGAGGUCCGACAUAAUGAGGUGAUAUCUAGCUCUCAAAAUGAGACCCCAUUUUUUUGGUAUUUGAAUUUUAGUUUCCAUCUAGUCAUGCCGAUGACCAGAACAGAGUGAUUUCUGACUUAGAAUUCAGCUUGAAAGUCCGUACGGUUGGAAAGGGGGAUCCUUGGCCUUUGCUUUGCUGACUUUGUAUGUCUUACUUCAAAGAAAUCUCUUGCUUGGAGGUAAAGCCCUGCUUCCGUCUGUGUGCGGCUGUACGUAUAGAGCUUCCUUGCUUUGUGUUAAUGAGGUUUACUCACUGUGCUAAAGCCGCCCAAGCCACAAGCUCUUUGCCAGCCUUCUCCCUUCUGCUGUCACCUUAGAGCCAGAUCAUCUUCCUCUUUGAGCUCGCCCUGCUUGCACGGUCUCAAGGUUCUAGCCCUUCCCUUCCUCCCAGUCCCCAGGGUUGUUGUGCAUCAGGACCUGGGGUGGGGAGAUGUCUUUGUCCUGCUUGAGUGUGCUCCUUAGGGCAUCUGACCACACAUAGCACAUACCAGCCCCUCAUGUGCUUUGUGGCUUGGCAUGUAUGUGCUACAGCUCGGCCUUCAGGCCCCUAACCUGCAUGUAGAAUUUCAGCAAGCCUUACGUUACUUUAGGCUUUCUGAGGAGCUACCACCAAAACCAGAAGUGAAACACUUGCCCGCACUAGGCCAGGUUGCCUGAUCGCGCCUGUGAAGGUGGCUGUGGGCGUAACGUGGAGUUUGCCAGAGUGGCUGUGCGCUUCCAUUAUGGCAGCAGCGCCCUGAGCUAUACCAUCCUCACUGACCAUCGGGCUCCACGUGACCUGGGAUCCCACAGAACACACACUGGGACUAGAGCGCCUUGGGCUCAGCAUCCUGGAGGUGUUCGUGUCGUUGCUUUUUUCUGUUAUGUACCCCAAACUGGGUGAAGGACCUAGAAGAUGGAGACUUGCUGAUGUAUGGAAACGCCUGUUCUCUCUGUUUUCAGCGUUUGUCAAAGCAUUACCUUCUAUGGCCCUUUCCCUCUUGCCUUCCACUGUAAUGUUACAUGUAUUGACCUUAAUUUCAGCUAAUGUAACUGGUCCAGGGGAUGAGCUUGAUGUCACCUUCCAAAGUAAGAGUUGAUGAGAAAGCACCAAACUGACCGUGAGACCCCUGUGAUCCUUGCCACAUCUGAGCAGAAACCGGAACUGUUCUGCUUUGCUCUGCUCCUUGUGGCUCUCCCACAGGUGUGGCUCUGUUUGAGCCAAGGAACUGGAGCUGCUUGGACUUGAGAAUUCCGGGGAAAUGAGGAAAGAGCCGCAGUUCUCUCCCAGCUGCUCUGGAGAUUAGGGCUCCUGGAAAUGGUGAGGGGAAUUUUUUAGGGGUGGCUUAGAUUUCUCAGUCAAGCGUACCUCCACCUUGCUCUGUUUCAGUCCAGUCUCCGGUGUCCUUUUUCAACUAUCUGGUUUUCCCAGGCUUCCCCUGAUCACACUGCUUGUGGCCUUUUCCUGCUGCACUCCCGAGAGGCUGAUGCUGCGCACAGGGCGUGACGAGCUGCUUUGCUGCAGAGGGGAUGCUGCCUACUGCCUCGUACCCUUGCUUAUUGCCAACAGUUAGCCCCUUAAGGGUGCGUGGGUCCCACUGUGAAACUGGUUCAGUUGAGUGUUAGCUCAGGGGUGUGGCUCUUUCUAAUGAGGCCAGUCAUAGCUGAGAUUACAGAGAUUUGGGUCCUUGCAGGCAUCAAAUGAUUCACUGUAUCUGCCACUUUGAGGACAAUCUCAUAACACAGCCAGACUUGCGACCCAGCAUCACGGGACCACAGGAUAAGACUUGGGGCGCAGAGCCAUAUAGAGCAGCAGUGCCUCUUGUGAGGAAAUUCCUCUUUGGAGUAGUCUCUUGAGUCCCUUCGUGCCUCUGGCCUGGAAUGGGAGAGGGAAGACAGGGCCAGCUGCACUCAGUGGGCCACAGUGUUGGGAAGACUGACCAGGCCCCUCUGCAGAGAGAGCUGAGGGUAGGUGACUUCUCUUUAUUCAUUUAUUCUAGAGGAGAAACGGGUCGAAUCACGGGGACUUCACCACAUCUAGAUUUCAUUGUAUUUAAACAUUGAACUUCGUAGGCAAGAACCAACCAUCCCUUCUCUUGCCAUGGCUAAAUCAUAGCCAGGUGGCACUGGGUCAUACCAGCAUAAUUGCUGGACUUUGCAUUUGUGAAAUGUUCCCCCAUGCUGAUGUUCAAGGUAAAGCCCAGACUAGCAGGAGGCCAAGUUCGUCCAUGAGUAUGAGGGCCAGCUGAGUGCAAGGCUGUGAACUGAGAUUUGGGCCAGAGUAGGGGCAAGUACAGAGUUACACAGAAAUGAGAUCUCUGCUCUCAGAGUUUGCUUUCUGGUAAGUGAGCUGGCAAAAGGUGGUCUUUAAAGGACUCAUGGUUAUCCUGUCAUUUGAAUCUGUUUAGAAUGCCCUGUAGGCUAUAUUAAUCUCAUGGUAAUUUAAAAAAGAAUAUUUUUUUAAGAAAUUCAAUUUACAUGACAGUUUUAACAUUUAACUUGUUCUUUCUUUACCUUUAAAAGAAACAAGUUUUAAUAUUACUAAUAUGCCUGAUGGAAAAUAGCUAGAACAUUCGCACCUAGUUUUAGGCGUUUGAUUUGCCUCUUAGUCAAGCAUUGGCCUGUGAGAACCAGCGAUUGUACCAGUGACUCUGACCAGCUAUCUUAUCUCCACUGAAUCCAUAUGAGGAAACUUCUUUGCCCACAUUCUUCAUGUUGAAGUUUUUACAUAUGAAGAAAAUACUGCUGAAGAAAAUGGGAGGGCAGUUUAAUACUAAACUGGAUUAGAGGGGACUCUGACAUCCCCAUUUCUGAAGGUUCUUGACACAGAACUUCUGUUUGGACUAGUGUAGGGCUUUCUGGAAACAAAAGGAUAAAUGAGGUGAAGCUUCAACACAGCCUUGUAAUUUCUUGUUGACACCUAAAUUGCUUAAAUAGAAUUUAAGUCUCACCUUUAGAGCAAGAGAGGGGUUUCCUGGGUCGUUGCCCAAGCGUCAGAGUUUGCUUUCUCCUUAUCUCCAUUUGUGAAGAGUGAAAUGACCUUCUGACAUCACUCGUGGACUCUCAAAGUUCAUCACGUUACCAUCUCUCCAGAAGGAGCUGUGAAGCAGAUGUCUUUCUGUGGAAACUGAGUUUGUGAAUUGAUAAAGACUGGCAUGCUUAUUGGGUGCUCUUCCAUUUUCCUUCAGUUAACGUACCUGUAUCAGUAUUUUGGCAGUACUCUCUCUGAAGAAACCAUUAACUUCAGAUCAAUCUCUUAUUCUGAGAGAUACAUCAUUAACUUAUAAAUGCUGCUGUUUACAAGAGGGAAAUACUAAUGAAACUGAUGUGAAUAUUGCCUGGAAGAAUGAAUUUGUUGUGCCAGGUCUCUGUAUUUAAUCCCUUCCUAUUUAAAAAAAGAAAAGCUAUCUGUAGGAGACCUACUGAUAAAAUAUAUUUUAGUGGUCAUAAUAUUAAACCUGCAGUGAGCUAAUAAUUUAGCACAUUAAACCCUAUAUGUUGUCACCAUGGGUAUAUCACCCCUUUAAACCAAGAAUGGAAUAAUUGACAGUAAGGAGUUUUAGAUUUAAAGGCACCAAAUUACCCAUUUUAUAUCUAAUUCCCAGGGAAGUUACCUGACACUUUGUCCCUAAGUGGCUGAAAAAUGGUUAAGGCAAACAGGAAGGACAUAAGCUCCUCUCAGAAAACUUGAGGUGCGUUAGGGCUUCCAGAUACACAGGGCAUCUAGCUUUCUCCUGGUUUUUGGCCAGCAGUCACCAAGGCCCUGGUCUUUGUGGAGCAUCAUUCCAAGAGACUCUACCCUCAGUCACAUUUCUUAUCCCUUUCUAACUCCAAUUUCUAAAUUAAGUUAAUAAGCAUUAAAGUUGUGUUGAGCAUUGGCCCUUGGAAAUUUUGAGCUGCUGUGACAUAAUACAACUUAAUUUUAAGAUAAUAGUUACUUGGGUAUUAUCAGAAACACGUAACCUGAUAAGAAUUUGGGUCUGAGUUUAGAAGGGUCAGAAGGUUGGAAAUACGAAAGCAGAUGAAGUGGUGUAAUUUCCUCAUUGCGUCUUUGGACACUGUAAUGCUGUUGGGUACCUGCCUUUACCGUCAGGGUGAGGCCUGAUGAAGAAAGAUAGUUUCUGCCACCUGUCCUCACGUCCCCAAGGCAGAAAGCACGGCUGCCCUUCGCCUCAGUGAAUUGGAGGUGUCUCCCAUGGUGGGUGAGCUUAGCUCUGACCUCACUGGUCUCCCCUGUAGACUUGUUGAAGGAGUGGCUAGAAGAACGUGCAAAUCCUCUAGGGAGUAGUAAGGGCCAGACUUAGCCAGGAGACGAGCCAGCUGCCCCUGAAAGGUGCCGGCCACCCCGCUAAGCUAAGAGGAAACUCUAGGAGGGGAACCUCACUGCUGUGCUUCCAGGUAUCGGUGGGCUCCACUUGACCUUGAGGGUAUCUGAAAUGGGGUGUGGGUUUAUCUUGUCUGUUCUCUCUUUGUUAAAAAGCCUUUGAUCUGAAUGUACUAUUGUGUUUUUUGUCUCUG